AUGGCCGAAUAUAUCUCAAAAACCCGUUCGCCUCUCGUCGAAACCACCAAUCGUCCCAACAUGCCAUACCCAGCCCCGAAUUACCAGAGCCACAAGGCACGAUCCAAUCAGCCCAACAGUGUCCAGUAUCCCGGCCAGUAUACAAACAACCAGAAUACUCGCCGUGAUACGCGUGGCCAGGCUGCGGCUUAUGAUGCCUACAACCCCCCUACUGCUCAGAGAUUGCAGCAGCCAGCAGACGCGGCGAAGCGUCUUUCUCAAGCAUCGUAUGCGUCCACCUCCAGCAGCCAAAGCAGGAAGAACUACAAAACCCAUAUUGGACCAUGGCAGCUGGGAAAGACUCUGGGCAAAGGCUCUUCGGCUCGAGUACGGCUGUGUCGCCACAGCAUCACGCACCAAAUGGCGGCCGUAAAAAUCGUCAACCGUCGGAUGGCGUACCUUGUUCAAGACAGCAGCCUGGCUGCUCUUAGCAAGUGGGACUCGACUCUUCCUGAAGUUAAUGGCGAAAUGCGUGUUCCCGUAGCGAUUGAGCGCGAGGUUGCCAUUCUUAAACUUAUUGAACAUCCCAACAUCAUGAAGCUCUAUGAUAUAUGGGAGAAUCGCUCUGAAAUUUAUCUCAUUCUUGAAUAUAUAGAUCAAGGCGAUCUUUUUACCUUCAUCAACUCAAAAGGAAGACUUUCCGAAGAAGUGGCUGUUUAUUUCUUCCGGCAGAUGAUCAGUGCUAUUGCUUACUGCCACUCCUUCAACGUGUGCCAUCGCGAUUUGAAGCCUGAGAAUAUUUUGAUUACCGCCGACCUGCAAAUCAAGAUUGCCGACUUCGGUAUGGCAGCUCUUCACCAGACAGCUUCUCACCGACUGGCAACAGCAUGCGGCAGCCCCCAUUACGCAGCACCUGAGCUUCUCAAGAACCGGCAAUAUCGUGGAGAUAGGGCCGAUAUCUGGAGCAUGGGCGUGAUUUUGUACGCCAUGCUGUCCGCGACCCUGCCUUUUGACGAUCCCGACUUGCGUGUCAUGAUGGGCAAAACGAAAAAGGGACAGUAUGAGAUGCCAAAGUUCCUCAGCCCCGAAGCCGAAGACCUCAUCCGCCGUAUGCUCCAGGUCAAUCCUGACCAUCGAAUUACCAUGAAGCAGAUUUGGCAGCAUCCAUUGAUUCAGCGAUAUAAUUACCUCGACGAUUUUGGCCAGAACACGGGUCAGCCUCCGGAUACUCGGAAGGGAUUUCAGUACACUCCGAUCCUGCAACAUCAGAUCGACCCCCAGCUGCUGCGACAACUACGUUCUCUUUGGCAUAUGUUUAGUGAUGACGACUUGGAGAUGAAACUGAGCUGCAAAGAACCAAAUGACCAAAAGGCAUUUUACUGGCUCCUCCACAACUAUCGUGAACAGCAGUUGGAGGAUUUCAAGCCAGAACUGUCUCACUCAAUGAGCGACUACCAUCAUCUCAAGCCAAACUCAUGGAAAAAGCGCGUCUCGACAUGCGAAUUCUACCAACCUCGAGCCAAUGGCCAUGGUAGAUCCGUUUCGCGUUUCACAGUCAUUUCCACAACAGCAGAAACCGAGAAUGGGACCGUCCAGAGCUACGAUCCAUAUAGAGGCAGCCGAAUGCUUAAAGCAUGUGGCUCGCAAGCUAGCCACGCGAGGAUCACUGUCCAUCGAGACGGCGAGAUGACACAAGCAUCACAGGCGGCUAGAAAACGCAGCGCGUCAAAUGCUACUCGCCGCCCAAGAGCUAAUUCUGUGCGAACAUUUGCGGGUCGUCCUCAGUCGUCAAGGGGAUCAGUGAGCUCUUUGCAUAGCAACAGGCAAGGGACGCCGCAGAGACACGGCCCUGGUUUGCGACACAAACGAGGAGUCGAUUUUUCGCAUGUUCGCAAGCGAUCAGCCUCUGCAGCACAUAUUCAACGGGGCCCUCAGCACGCCUCGUUCCUUUUUAACGAAGAGCUGCGCCACUUUAGCAACAACAUAGCCAAAGACUGCGAUGACGCAUUUAGAAGUUCACUCAUCGAGGACGACUCCAUUUCUGAAUCAUUGACAGACAUGGAGAAGAGGCAGCGUGAUUCCACACCGUUUUCUUUUACAAUUGAUACUCCGUCGGAAGCAACCGCACCCACAGAAUUUUCAUGUAUGUCCUGGAGCAGUCGCCCCCUGCCACCACUUCCAUUGGAGCUUGGCCCCAAGGCAACUAAUGCAAACUCCCGACCAGCUUCGAGAGCAGGAGACGGAAACAUUAUGGCAGACCAGGUCAAUUUACUGGCCUUGCCAUUACUGCUUCCAAGCCAAUCGGACCGUCGGGUCGUCUCAGCCCCGUAUGGCCAGGUUGGUCGUCGGACAGGUACUCUGCCAUGUAUCAAUGAGAAUCCAGGAGGCAACAAUACGGCCGCCGUUGAGAAGACAAGGAUCGUAUCCGCGCCACCGCAUUCACCGUCGAAGAAGGCAAACCGCCCCAUCAGUGGCGUCGAAUAUCUGAACCAGGUUGAGAACUCAAUCAGAGUUGUCACUUCCCCUACAGCUCAAAGCCCGGUUAAGAUUCCCGAGCCGCUGAACGUGCGAAAGAAGAUUACCAACCAAAACUUUGGCGAUUCGUUGAAUCACCAUAUAGAGCAGCUAGAAAGCACACUGGGGAACUAUGGGCAACAUGAGGAAGAUACUUUGCAAGCAGGCAUCAAUAGCCCAGUGAAGAAGAAGAGAUCCUGCUCUGCGACAGCUGCCUCAUCUAAGAAGAGAAACUUUAGCUUUCCAUUUUGGAAGAGCAACCGAAAUAGAGAUUCGAAGACAAUGGUUGAAGAUCGCCAAAACCGAGAUCAAGAAGUGGCCACUACAAAGACCGAUACGAAGAAGCAAAAAUGGCAUCGGUCGUCGUCAGCCAGCAGCCGCAAUAUUGAGGUUAAGCAGAAUUGGCUUACUAGGCUAUUCCGUGUCAAGCCUGCCACAAGCUAUAUUUGCAUGACGCUGUCACGCAAACGUGCGCGACAGGAAGUAGCCAUCUUGCUGAGAGAGUGGCGUAAGCGCCGAUACGGAAUUAAGGGUAUACAAGUGGAUAAGGAACGCAACAUCGUCUUUGCGCGAGUUGCAGCUAAGAACUGUUUGAAUCUCAAAGAGGUUGCAUUUGCUGCAGAGGUAAUGACGGUGAUUGAGCAUGGUAAGAAACAGCCGCUCAGCAUCAUUCGCUUUACACAAGAGCGUGGUGCUGCGAGCAGCUUCCACAAAGUGGUGGAUACCAUGCGAAUUGUGUUUACCGACCGCAACCUCGUGGUUAAGGACCGAAGCAAGCAAAAGAUGAUGAUCAAGACUCUGAAUUCGUAA